CCUUCAUCACAAAAUUAAGUUACAGAAAUAACUUAACACCUGUUGGCCACAUGGAUUAAAUGUCGUAAUUUUUGUCUUUUUGGCUUGUUUUGUAUUUUGGAAUAUGUAAUCCUAGUCAACUUUGUAAUAAUAGAGCUAUCCCAGCAAACACAAAUGUUUCAAUAAGAUCUCCGAGAUGUUGCAACUAAAGCUCUGAUGAGAUGUGUCGAUGAGACGUAUAUUAGAUGUUUUUGAAUCCUUAAUAUCGCAUGUGUCUGAGAUGUCACAUUUUCAAUGCCCCAGGGAUAGUUCGCCUAGUGCUCAAUACAAACAUCUCAGUGGGACUUGUAUGCCAUAUCGCUGGGACUAAACAGAGGUAUCUGAAAAACGUGUCAUCUAGCUCCCAGAGCUGUAUCAAUACGGUCUCUGAGAUGUCACAACUAAAGCUCAAAUGCUAUGUCUCUACGAGGUACAAGCCGAAUCACCGGGAUUAAACAAAGACGUGUCAGAAAUAUAUCAUGUAUCUAACGUAGAUGUUUCAAUAAGAGGUGCUGUAAAAUAUAUGUAACUUCUCAACGCGACACACGUACGUGUAGUAGUAAUAUAACGGGUGAUUCAUAUAAUGAUUGCGGACAAUUUGAAUUUUCAGUUGGGUACACAAAACAUUCAUAAAGUGGGUCACAUGCCAAAUGUCAUUUAUUUAAAUGCGGAUUAAUUUAAUGGAUAAUGCCAAUGCCUUACGUAAAAACCACUAAAAUCUACAAUCAGUAGGUUUUGUACAUCAAGAACUUAAUUAUUACCGAAGCGGGUCGUUGAUGAGAUAUGAAUUUCGAACCGAAUCAUAACAGACAAAUUUAUUUCAUAUUACUAACUUAGAUAUAUCUGUUAAAAUACCAUAGCUGAACUAAUUUUUAAUAAAUACGAUUUUUAGAUAGGUAUAGUAUGAAUUAAAUAUAAUUUUUGGGGUUUAUUCGUUUUUUUUUUCAGUAGGCCACGAAAUAUUAUAAUCGCCGUGCGAGUACAAAGUCAACAACUUUGUAAAUUCUUUGAAUUGAAUCUUGUUUACUUAAGGUACCUGUUUAGCGGAUCGAAAAGUGUGCUUAACCGGUUCUAGGGUGGAUAUUCGUUUUCGUUUUAAGGGUCGUUCAUUCAUUGAUUUCGUGCGCGUCCUCGUGAUUGUUAAUUUUGAUUUGUGUUCGUGAUUAGGUACAUUUCCGGAAUCCGGUUGGUUUGAAGGCAUCACUAUAGGUAAGUACGUACCUAAUCUAUCUAUUUUUGUUUGUGUAUUUAAUUAAGAUUGAAAUUAUAUAAGCAAAGAUAAAUGCAAGUUUUUCGAUUUUGAUGCACAUUAGAUAGAUGGACAGGCGAAUUACUAUAAAAUCUUAAUAUUUGUGUGAAUAUGUAAUCACCGGCAAUAAAUUAGCGAAAUUUCAGACAAAUUCCGUUUACACAAUCAAUGGAACGUGUGGGUUAAAAAUAUUGAAAUUAAGAAAUUUCUCCCUGUAACUGUAAACAGUUUACUGUAGAUUUUGGCGCUGAACUGUUUUUUCGCAUUUGUCCUUACGGGUCACGGAAUUAUUAUCCUGAUGAGCGUACUUCUCGCGAUCAAUAUCCAGUGAAUUUUUACCCUACUGAUGAUGACCACUUAGUGGUCGAAAUACGUAUUUAGGUUUUUUUAAAACUUAUUGUGGUAAAGGGAGAAAUUUCUUAAUUUCAAAAUUCCGUUUAGCCUAGGGUUGGUAUAAGGAAACAAAAUUGCCGUUUCUACAAUACAAUUUUGAUUCUAUACAAUCACACAAUGUAUAAACUAGAAAAGGAUUUAGUUUAAUUUAUAAUGUUAAACAUUACUUAAGCAAUUUGGAAUUGAAAACAAAGUGUUGUUCAAGAUCUCUAGGGGUAUGUAUCUGUUUCACGCAAACCGUUGCCUAAAAGUAUUCAAGCUCUCAUUGACAAUAUGAAUCUGAAAAGUUGCUACCAAUAUAAUUUUUCAUAAUUUAUUGAAGGAAAAUAUUAUCGUGAUCGUUACAUUUCCGGUUAUACCGGAUGUCGAUAGCAAUUUUUUUAUUUUGAAUAGAACACCCCAUAUUUUAUCGCAUUUUAGAAAUCUACAUGAAAAUCUACGUCUUUUGAUAGAGAGAAAAUAUUUUUGAUAAUCUAAUUGACUCGUAACUAUGGAUCACUGUUUUUUUGUAGCGUAGGCUGCAUAGUAAAUUCCGAGAUAAAUGCCGCAAAAAGCAAUAUGGGCACGAUGCCCGUUUUUAGCGCAUUUUUUUUAAUAAUUAACACACGAUUUACCCGUCAUGGUAUUCUAAGGAAAGGACUCAUCAAAAGGAAUUGGUUUCUAUACAAACUAUAAGUGUACCACAAUAUUGUUGGUGAAAAUUUAACUUAAUUGGUAUAACAUUCAUAAUUGAGUUGACUUCACAUGAGGUACUUAUUUUGCAUCUAUGCUGGGAAUGCAUCUUAUACUGAGGUUGCCAUAUUCUUUUGUGUUUUCGAAGGUCUAAGUAAAAAGGUACGUCAUGAGCAAGAAAAGGAAGCCAUUUUGUGAUCUAUCCGAUAGACAAAAAUGGAGACUAGUGGAAAGAGAGAUGAAUCCUAACACAGCCAUUUGUUCGCGUGCCACUGUUUCAGUCCCAACUCCAAACCAUAUAAUGGAGAAAACAUCUCCAAUUCCGGUGGACAAUUACGUUAUAGACCAGGGCUGCGAUACCGCUACUUGGUUGGGUUCUGCAUCAUCAAUAGGUGAACAUAGUACAGGCACUAGUUUGCCAGCUGCUCAUUCCCAGGCUAAUUCGGUAAACUCGGAAACAUUCAGUGUUUAUGUAAAAGAUAUUGAAACUAACACAUAUGAUAGUUCUAGUGGUUUACAAGAAGAUCUGAGAACAUGGGUUAUCAAGUAUUCACAAAUACCCAGAACUGCAGUGAAUGAUUUGCUGGCUUUGCUAAGAAGGAAUGGUCACUGUGAUUUACCAAACGAUUCCAGAACAUUAUUGAGUACACCCAGAAACUCAGCCAAUUUUAUCGAAACAUUUAGUUCAGGUCGUUACGCACACUUUGGAGUGUAUGAGCAAUUGAAAGACUCUAUCGUGAAACACUACCCUAAAAACCAAUACCCUACUGAAGUGAAUCUACUUAUAAACAUAGAUGGGCUACCACUGUCAAAGAGUUCAGCUAUUCAAUUUUGGCCUAUACUAUGUGCUAUCCUUUCUAGUGAAUUCUACACAACCCCAUUCCCUAUAGGAAUUUUUGAAGGAAAUACGAAACCAGAUGACGUAAACCAAUUUUUAAAAAAAUUUGUAGACGAAACCAAUACCAUUCUACAGUCGGGUAUAAUUUUAGAUCAUAAAACCAUUGUGGUAAAACUGCACGCUAUUGUGUGUGAUGCUCCAGCCAAGGCGUACGUAUGUGGUAUAAAAAACCAUACAGGCUAUUUUGGUUGUCCCAAAUGUAUUCAACAAGGCGAAUUCAUUGAAAAUAGGGUUGUGUUUACCGAGACAAGUUCAAGUGAGAGAACUGAUGCAUCAUUUAAAAACAGAAUUCACCCCGAACACCAUAGAGAAACGACAGCAUUGGAAAAAUUACCCAUAGGAAUGGUAUCACAAGUGGGACUGGAUUAUAUGCAUUUAGUUUGCCUGGGUGUUAUGAAACGUCUGCUUCAGUUUUGGGUGAAAGGAAAAUUAAAUAUCAGAUUGAAGCCAAAUAAAUUGGAAGAAGCUUCCAGUAAACUAAUAUCGAUGAGAGCCUAUAUUACUCUAGAAUUUGCACGACAGCCAAGGAGUUUAAAUGAAAUUGAUCGUUGGAAGGCGACAGAGUUUCGACAAUUUCUGCUGUAUACGGGGCCAAUUGUAAUGAAUAAUAUAUUGUCUGUGAAAACCUAUAGACACUUUAUGUGUUUAAGUGUAGCUAUUAGAAUAUUGUGUGAUGGUAAUUCUGAUACUGACUUGAUAGAUUAUGCACAUAACUUGCUUCUAUAUUUUGUACGAAAAUAUGGAAAUAUGUAUGGAUUACAUUAUCUAUCAUAUAAUGUACAUAAUUUGAUACAUUUAGCGCAAGAUGUAAAGAGAUUGGGACAGUUAGAAAAUUUCAGUGGUUUUAAAUUUGAGAAUUACUUAUAUAACUUAAAAAGAAAGCUCCACAUAUCGGGUAGACCCCUUGAACAAAUAUGCAACAGAAUUAUAGAGGAAAAGAAUCACAACAGAAAUGUUUUACAAAAGUAUCCUAUUUUACAUUCCAAGCUUAAUGUAAUUUACAAAGCAGAGUUUGAGUCGUUCACCCUAACUACGACUGCACCAAAUAGUUAUUGUAUCCUUUAUGACGGGAGAGUUGUAAAUAUUUUGAAAAUAUCUCAGAAAACUAAUGUCUUAUGUUUCACCGUGAACACAUACAAAACUAAUAAAUCUUUUUUUUCUGUUCCAUGUAAAUCAGAAAGUUUAGGCAUUUUGUAUGUAGCAGAUGUGAUGGAAGACACUUUUGAAAUACCAUUUUCUGAUAUAAAAAAUAAAUGUAUGUGCCUUAAAUAUUUAGAUGGAUAUGUUGUUAUGCCAUAUUUGCAUUAAUUACCAAUUGUAAAAUUAUGUUGUACAUUUUAUUAACCACUGUAUAAAUGUACCUAUACUCUACUUACUAACACUUAAUCACACCAUUUCUAUACUAUCUAUAGGAAGAAAAUUAUGUCUUUAAAAAAAUUCGCAGUGGUGUAUUUCGAAGAAAACGAAUCUUUCUCCGAAAUUCCAUCCUCAUGGUUAAACGAGGACAUGAAAUAUUGCAAGUGGCCAAAAUCGCUGAAUCCCACAGCGUUAAUGGUUAAGGGGAUAGAACCCUCUGACACAUGGGGGAAUUAUAAAGUUAGAGUUGAGAAGUUUUAUGAUACGCUGGAAGCUGCACGAAAGCAUGCUGGAACAGAUUACACAUCAAGUGAAGAGGUCGAAACUGGAAGGGGGAAAAGAAAAAAGACCAGUGUAACUAAAUCAACGUCUACUGACGAUGAAGAGUCUACUAAAGAUAGUCCACCUCCAACUCUUAAGAAAAGGAGAUCUUCGCCACGUUUCUCUAAGCGAGAAAACACACGCCAAUCUUCUACGAAUAACGUUAAUAAUAAUGAAAACUUGCUAUCAUCAUCGCAAGAACAUGGACAAAAUGUACCGAUGGCAUCAAAUACAGGCAGCAUCAUUGAAUCUAAUGAAGGUGCAGACCAGAUACGUCCACUAGACAAUUCCAUAGUGCUCGAUUUUGGAAAUUCCACGUUGCAGGAACUAAUACAUACUUGCGAUCACAGACACGAUUUUGACAAUAUUCAUACAAACAUGAAAAAAAUAUUCGUGCAGAUAAAAUCUCUGGAAUCCAGAUUGGAACAAUUGAACAAUCAAAACCAAACAUUAUAUCAAUAAACACAGAGGAGGUUCAGACAAAGCUCCCAUUAAAUACGCUAGAGGAAUUAAGCACCUUGGAAAACAUUGUGGCUGAGGAAGGGGAGUUUUCACAUAAAUUUACCUCAUACUUACAAACCAUUGGCGGCAAAAAUGCAAAAGACGCCCUAGUUAACAUGCUUCGGAAAGUAUUCACCAAUAAAUUAGCAGUAAGCUGCUCCUGGCAUGGCCUUAGGGGGAAUUUUAAAUUAUCAAAUUUAAAAUUUAUGAACAGGAUAAUAGCUGCUGAACAACGUAUGUAUAACAGCAUCCAAGAGCACGAAAUAAUUACCAUUAUAAAUGAUUGGUUUCGUCAAGCUAGAUUAAGAGAAACCAGGGAAAGAAAUUAGCAGCCUAAUAAAUGUAAUAAUAAUAAAUGUUGCUUUUUUGUUUUUAUUUUACCAUAUUGGUAUCUUAGUUUUUUAAUUAUAUCCCGUAAAAUAAGAAUUUCCUUGUUUAAUAAGUGUGCUCAUACAUAAAUAGUUCUUUGUAAUAAAUUAUUUACUUUU